UUUAGCACAUUAUUUACAUUUUGAGUGAGAUUGUGAUAAAAUGGCAUCUUCAAAAAAUUUGCCCUUUCUUAUUGGCGUUCUCUUUGCACUUGUGCUCCUCAUUUCCUCUGAUGCAACAGCUGCAGAUCAGAAAAGCGUGAAAACCACUGGUGUCCACGAUUCCAGUUCAGGCGAAGAUCGUUGCACAUAUGGUUGCUGCCACUGGUACAAUGGACAUUGCCAAAGAUGCUGUCCACCUGCUGAGGAGACUUGCAGAUAUGGUUGCUGCUACUGGUACAAUGGACAUUGCCAAAGAUGCUGUCCACCUGCUGAGGAGACUUGCAGACAUGGUUGCUGCUACUGGUACAAUGGACAUUGCCAAAGAUGCUGUUAACCUACUGAAGCUACAUCCGGAGAUGAGGUCAAAAAUUAAUGCUAAAUAAAUAAGGGUGUGAGACAGGAUCCGUGACACCUAUAUUAUUACGUUAAUAUGUUAUGUUGUGUUUGCGUUUGAUGGUUGAUUUCCUAUAUGUGUAAAAGACUUGUGCGGCUUCUCUUUGAAUUGGUGUAGAAUCAACAGGGGAAGCAUGUAAUGAGUACUCAGUUCGAGUGCUCUUCUUAUGUUGUUGUCAUGUUGAAUAAAUAAAUCUACGUGAUCAUCUACUACAAUUGAUGAUCUCUAU